AGCUACGCUAGGGAUGAGAUAACGAAGAGCAUAGCUGUUAGCUAGCUAGCUGUCUCGUAUCGUUUUCUCAGCGCCUCCCCCUGACAUGUGUGAUAUGGCGAAAUCUCUCCGAAGAUUGAAUUUGUUUUCAUAGCUCGUUACUAUGAGCAAACACUUGCAAAAGGGAGUCUGAUUACGUUGUUUAGCUAGCUAGCUACCUUUCCAGCUAUGUCGCAAGCAUAAAAAUAGCUAGGUAGCUAGCUAGCUAAUCCGUGCUGCAAAGCUAACCGUGGCGCUUGUUUUGUUUAACGUUAACUAGUUAGCUAACUAGCUUGCUACUUGUACACAGCUAGCUGCGGAAAUCACGGAUAUUCAGGGAUGGCCGUAUCGGUGCGGGGCCUGUACUUUGUGGUUACCCUGUUCCUGGGUAGUUUCUUCGGAAGCGUGUUCAUGUUGGGCCCAGUUCUUCCGCUCAUGCUGUUCUCCCCGGCUUGGUACCGCUGGCUGACGGACCGCAUCGUCGCCACCUGGCUCACCCUGCCCGUGGCCUUGCUGGAGCUGGUGUUCAAGGUGAAGGUGGUGAUUACAGGGGACGGCUUUGUCCCCGGGGAACGCAGCGUCAUCAUCAUGAACCACCGCACACGCCUCGACUGGAUGUUCCUCUGGUGCUGCCUUCUGAGGUACAGCUACCUGCGGCUGGAGAAGAUCUGCCUAAAGGCUGCACUCAAGGCAAUCCCCGGCUUCGGCUGGGCCAUGCAGGUGGCUUCCUUCAUCUUCAUUCACCGGCGCUGGGAGGAUGACCGCCGCCACAUGGAGAACAUGCUGCAAUAUUUCUGUGAUAUCAGGGAGCCCCUUCAGCUCCUCAUUUUCCCAGAGGGCACCGACCUCACUGAGAACACUAAAGCGCGAAGUGACGAGUUUGCGGAAAAAAACGGCCUGCCCAAAUACGAGUAUGUGCUGCACCCUCGCACCACUGGCUUCACUUUCAUCGUGGACACGCUGCGCAAAGGAGACAAUCUAGAUGCCAUCCACGACAUCACAGUGGCCUACCCGCAGAACAUCCCGCAGACGGAACGCCACCUGAUGUCGGGCCUGUUCCCCCGCGAAAUCCACUUCCACGUGCGGCGCUACCCGGUGUCGACGCUGCCAGGCUCGGUGUCGCAGCUGCAGGCGUGGUGCCAGGAGCGCUGGGCGGAGAAGGAGGAGCGGCUGCGGGACUUCUACACGGGCGCGCGCUGCUUCGACGCCUCGGGCCGCAGCCGCAUCCCGCCCUGCAAGACGGAGCUGCGCGUGCACCUGAUCAAGGCCGCCUCGCUGCUCUACUGGAGCGCCUUCAUCUUGCUCUGCUUCGCGGGCCUCUGCCUCUCCCCCGCGCUGCGCGCCUACUUCCUGCUCCUGGUGCUCUUCUACCUGGGCCAGCAGAAGGCCGUCGGGGGCCUGGAGCUGCUGGAGCUGGCCUGCCACCGCCGCUGGAACGGGGUCGCCGGGCUGAGGCGUGAGGGCGGGGACGGGAACGGGGACGGUCAGGGCGACGACAAGGCAGCCUCGCGCAAGAAAGAGUGAGGCCUAGGUCUGGUACAGAUCUGGACCUGCCGGUAGGGGGAGAGGGACAGGGGGAAGAGCUCACAGCUGAGCCCAGGCUUUAGAAUCCCCCAUCCCAGCAUAGCUACCCCUCAAUAUACAGGGUGGAGGGAACUGGCCGGGGCGUGUGCAUGGCUUCGUCAGGGUAGGUUACCUCAGGGAGAGAGGGGAAGGUGAACGCACUGACUGUUUUAGGUUGGAUAAAGGGCAGAAGGUUGAGCAGGAAUCACCACCAGCCUGUCUGUCUGCAUCUCACACGGACUCUGUCUGACAGUGGGGUCAUCUUUUUCCCCACUGUGUCUGUCGCAUGUGUGUCUGCUUUAAAUUUCUCUUUGUCUCUCUCUUUUCUCUACACUCUUGUGGAAACCAUCCAUCCCGGUGUGUUUUGUCCUGCCCAUUGUUCUGGGCACAGUGCAGUCUUAGUUUUUAUCAUUUUUUUAAUCAAUGUAUCAGUUUUAUCAAUAUGUUUUUGUUAUGACAUUUUCAAUGCUGUAUAUUUAUUUGUUUUAGGUAAUGGAACACAGCCAUAGUGCGUCGCCACAUUUGACAGCACACACACACUCACACACAUACACACACACAGUGGAUCAGAGUCCUAAUCCCUAAUCCUCGCAAAUCAAAAUGCAAAUUGCCACAUGGAGAACAAUUUAAUCUAGAUGGUUAUGAAUUUUAAGCUUUAAAACAAAAUGCAUUUCAUAUGCAUAUAAGAAUACAUUGACAUUAUGGAAUGUCCCUAAUUGGCUUUUAGCGCAUGCAGGAGUAAUUUCCCCAUUUCCUACUGUAACAAUCUGUCCACAUUUGCACACAUUUACACAUGCAGGACACCAAAAGGGGGGAACACAGGACAAUGUAACAAUCAAAAGAAUGUUGUCUGCCAAAGCCGUUAAGGGUCCCUGCAGACAGAGCCAGGAAGCGGCAGCUCUGCUGUACGAUCCCCCUAGCACUGGAGAGGACUGGGCCAGUCAGUCGGUGACUCAGCCGCGCAUCCUCACAAUAGCAUUGAAGUUUUCCAGCCCCCACCUCACAGUAAAGCCUUUUGAUACUGUGUAAAUGCUGUUCACUGCGUGCAUGCAUCAAGACACUACUGUGUAGAGAUAGAAAUUGGACGCCCAUGGCGUUGGCGGUCUCCAGCAGCUCGGUUGAAAGAUGAAACAACGUUGACGGCCGAGUAAUUGGGAGCCUUGCGUCCGUCCCCCCCUUAUUGGAAUCAAUCAAACCGACAAUCCAGGGAUCUUUGACGUCAGCCAGUGGCCAAUCAGAAAGAAGCCCGUCCAUUCAUCUGAGUUUAUAAUUCACCUCCAGUCCCCGGCUGACGUAAAUACUUAGAACCUUUUGCUCUGUGGACACCACACGAGCCCUUGUAGUCUUUGUACUGCUGACUAGCGCCCAUCUCUGUUUGGACCUCCUCCAAAAACCCAAAAGCAUGCUUGUGGAUGCGUUGCCAUGUCAAGGGUAAGGGUUCUUAUUGGUGGGUGCAUCUGUGUGGACCUGGGCAGAGGGUCGGAGGUGUCAGCAUGCUGAAUUUGAGAUGUGGGGACAGUAAGAUGCAUGCAGCUCCCCUGUGUGAACCCAAGUGCCAUGGAGGCUUCAGAUGAAAUUGGUAAUUAACCCUAAGGCCAAAGCCCGACCCCUCCCUACCCUACCCCCUACCGCCACACAGAUGCCGCCACUUCUGAACUUGAAUAACCCGACAUGCGAUUGACAGCUGGAAAAGCAGUGCAGAAUGUGCCAAAAAAAACCUUUUGGAGUGCAGAGGAUGGGAAGCAUUCUCAGUCAGGUUUUACCUCAAUCAUUUUUUACCACGGCUCACUCAAGUCCAGCGACAGCCAUGUGAUUAGUGUUUUCUUAUUGGUACGAUAAACCCAUGUUACUCUUUAUGGCACUGUCUCAUUUCGUUUGAUAGGACAUAAAUGCUGCAGAUAUAUUAUGUUUUUUUGGAAGGGAAGAAAAAGUCCUGUUUCCCUGGCUCAGCGGUCCUGUAUUUUUCCUGGAUUCCCUUGUGUUUGUUGCACUGCGUAUCUGUCUUGUAUCGCCAGCUCGUUCAGGUGAAAGGGGCGGGCAAAUCACUGUGAUGGACUGCAUUAGAAUAAAUUGUUUCUGUCUUUUGCAUGUUUGUAUGGUCAACCAAAUACACUGCUCUCUGACUCUUGUCUGUCUCUCACGCAAACAUGCUUCCCUCUGAAACUGUGUUGUUUUUAACCAGCUGGACACUGCCCAGGUCCUCUCUCUCUGUAUGUCUCGGUCCUUGCCUCAGUGUCUGCCAAUAGAAGGGGAGAGAGGCCCUUAACUGUGUGUACACAUUGAGGAGAAUUUCCCUUCCACUCACUGUCUUCAGGUAUGGACUGUAUCAUUUAUUGCUAUCAUACCCAUGUUAAUAAAUAUCACCAUUUCGGUCAGCUGUUCCCCAUUGUCAAAUAAUGUCUCAAUCUGUCAAAUUAUUUCUCACUAUAAUAGGAAACAAUAUUGAG